AUGGCUUCCAUCAGCGCAGGAGAAGAUGCGCUGGUGGAGGACCUUCUGGCCGGUCGAGCAGACGUAAGUGGAGCAGAUCGUCAUGGCAACACAGCGCUGCACGUCGCUGCGGCCAAAGCCAACGAAGCUGUCACAGCCAGCCUCCUCCGGAGAGGAGCAGAUGCUACUGUCAAGAAUGCGGAUGGGCAUUCGGCUGUGUUGUGCGCUCGUCUGGGGGCGCUGGCCCCGGCGCUGCGGCUCUCCUCGGCAGGAGGAUGGGCCGCGAAGGAGAUCCUGACAGUGAAGGUUUUUGGAAAGUUGGACUCUCGCACUCUUCAAGCUGGGGAGGAGGUUUGGAGAUGUCCGAUUUCCAAAGACUGCUGGACAGGGUCGGUAUCCCCUACUACUCCAAGGAACCACCAGGUUGCAGCAAUACUGGCCCAGGCGGCUGGCGAUGCGUAUAGCCUGGCAGAUGCCGUGGAAGGGGCAUGGCUCGCUGGGCAGGCACCGCCCAUGAAGAACCAAGACGAGGUUCAUCCAGCAAUUAUGCACGCCAUCUUGCUAUUGGUGCAAGUUCUUCAGAAAGAGCUUCUUGCUGCACUGGAGGCCCGGGACAGAGAAAGACUGACAGCCGGCCUCGAGAUGCUGCGAUAUGCAAAGGUGGCCCAACUGCCGGAAGAGGAGCCUGCCAUCAGGACACUUGUGGCAAUCGAGCUGGAAGCUGCGAUUGGGGCGCGUAACGAACUCGAGCUGAAACAGGCUGUCGCGGUAGCGAUUCCGCAAAACAUCUGGCUGAGUACUGACUCGAGGACCAGGGCGGAAGACAGGGUGGGCCACAUUUCGGUUGUGGGGCGAUACCAUCGACUUCCCUCUCGACUGGAGGAUGACUACUUCGUUGAGAAGAAGGCCCUUGGGACGGGCUACAAUGGCUCGGUACUGUUGGCCAGAGGCAAGAACAGAGCGGGCAAGUUCGCCAUCAAAGCCUUCAAGCUGCAUGGUGUCAGCAAAGAGAAGAAGGCGGAGCUGGCAUCGGAGGCAGAAAUUUUUCUAAGCAUGGACCAUCCACACAUUGUCCGACUGUUUGACGUCUACGAGGAGGAAGACAGGCUGAGCCUCGUCAUGGAAUGCAUGGAAGGUGGUGAGCUCUUCGAUCGGGUGCGCGAGAAGAAGAUUUACUCGGAGAAAGAUGCCUGCAAAACAGCAUGGAUGAUGCUGUUGGCAGUCAACUACUUGCACAGCGCGGGCAUUGUGCAUCGGGACUUAAAGCUUGAGAACUUCCUGUACGAGCGCAAGGAUGGAGAUUUCCUGAAACUCAUAGACUUCGGAUUCAGCAAGGUGUGGGCCAAGAACACCAAGAUGGAGCUGAGCUGCGGAACCCUCUCUUAUGCAGCCCCAGAGGUUCUCGCAAAGUCUUACACUAGCCAGUGUGAUCUGUGGAGCUUGGGCGUGAUCGUGUUCAUCCUGCUGGUCGGCUACAUGCCCUUUGCUGGCAACGAUGAACGAAAGCAGAUUCAGAUGAUUCGGUCUGGGCAUUACAUCGUAAAGAAGGACAGGUGGGCAAAAGUUUCCACCCAGGCCGCUGAUUUUGUGCAGAAGCUUCUCGUAGUCGACCCAGAUGCGCGAAUGACCGCACCAGCCGCCUUGGAACAUCCCUGGAUCAAGAAUUUAGACCAUGCAAACAGCGACUGCAUCGAUGAAGCCAUGGUGACUUCGCUGUGUAACUUCGCGAAGUCGCAGAACUUCCGCAGAUCAUGCAUGAAGCUCAUGGCCUGGUCCCUCACGGCAUCCGAAAGGUCGCAAGUGCGGGAGGCGUUCCUUGAGCUGGACAAAGGAAGCACCGGCACCAUCACAGCCGCCGAUUUCAAGAAAGUCUUAGAAGACAACUUCCACAUUCCAGAGUUGCAAGCAGAGACGGUGUUCAAUGCCAUCGGUGAUGUAGAACACGAUGAGAUCCACUACUCAGAGUUUCUGGCUGCCAUGAUGGCUUCACGGAUUUCUUUGCACGACGACCUUCUGAAGGAUGCAUUUCGCCGGUUUGACACAGAAAACACCGGCUUCAUCCGCAAAGAGGAUCUUGUGCUGGUACUGGAAAGCGAUCGAGAAGCUACUCAGGUAAUGAGGGACCUCGAUGUCAAUCAUGAUGGCAAGAUCUCGUAUGAUGAGUUCAUUUGCUACUUGAAAAGUGGUGGUGCGGACGACGAUGCGCUUGAAGCGGCUGAAAGAGCAAUCUCGAAGGAGAUCAUUUCGUUGAACAGGCCAGAAGACGAGCCAAAGCUGCGAAAGCGUGACAAGCUCAAAGGCAUGUUUGCAAUCCUCAGUGCCCAGCAGUACGAUCAGACCUCUGCAAGGCUGUACAAGCACGCGGUGGAUGCCCUCCAUGCGGUGCUGGAGGAGAAGAGGGUGGAGCAGAUGGGAAGGCAGCUUGCAGAUGCCGCUGCUAGAGGUGACCUCGAGAUGCUGCACAGCUUGCUACAGGCCAUGUGCUUUGUUUGA